AUGCCGAAAGAUUUCCGUAACAGUACCCGCCAUCACUGCCCCUUGAGGAACGGGAGCAAGGGCAACUGCCGUCGUCUAAAUGGCUACUGUUCAGCCCAUCAGAUCAAGUGUCUGAUCCAUACAACGGUCCACCUCCUGGGCGAACCCUGCCAGGAUUGUGAGAGCGCUGCCGAGGCGGCAGAGCGGAGGGCGGCAGAAGCUGACGCUCCCAUGGAUACAAAGGAUGAGAAGCCAUCCAAGAACAAGAACAAGAGAAUAAAGAGGUAG